AGAGAGAGAGAGAAAGUCUUUCACUGCAUGUGUGAAAGUGUGUGAGUGUGUGCAUGUGUGUAAGCUGGAAGUAUUUAUUUUCCAUAAUGAGUGAGAAAUGCAGGAGAUACUCUCUGGACAGCUCCAUCUGCCUGGACAGUGUUGGGCCUCUCGGUGGAAGAAGAGGCAGCAGCAGGUUCAGCACAAAAAAAUCCAGGCAGAGUCUGGACGAUGCCCGGCUGCAGAUCCAGGCGUUAAAUCGCAGCCUCAACGGCAAUGUGUCCCUCAAGGAGCAGCCUAUCGCAGAGGAGCAAAUCGAGCAGCCAGAUGGGCUCAUCAACACACAUAGCUUCCUGAAGCACAACAAAACCUUCCACAAACUAUUCCAAGAGAUUCCUGAGGGGGACAAUGUGACACACACCUUCACCUGUGCCUUGCAGAAGGAGGUGUUGUAUCAUGGGAAACUCUUUGCUUCUGAGAAAUAUGUGUGUUUCUAUUCAUCGGUGCUGCUCAAGGACACCAAGGUGGUGAUUCCUGCUUCCAGCAUCAAGGCGGUGAAGAAGCAUAACUCGGCUUUAUCCAUGCUGUCGAUUCAAACAGCUGAUGGAGAUAAGUACACGUUCGUCUCUUUGAGAAACCGUGAGAUGUGUUACAAACUCCUCCAGACUGUCUGUUCACAUGCAUGGGGGGGGAGUGUGAACAGCACCCCUCAUCUCUCUUCUGCAGAGAAUGAAGUCGAUCCUGACAUGGGCUCCAGUUACUCCAGCUUGGAGGACAGUGUAGAUCAUGAUCUGAGCAGACGGAGCAGCAGUUAUCUUGACAACAGCUUCCUUGUGUCCAGUGAAGCUCCUACAAGACGCAAUUCCACUCGUCAAAACAGCUUAGCAGACGAAGACGUCCCGGGUUUCUCUGUAUCGUGGAUUUGGAGGAUCACUGAGAGGGUCUCACCGCACCUCAUCCUCAGAGAAUUAAUGAAUCUCAGCAUGAUGUUCUACCUCUACAUUAUGCUGAUGAUGUUGCUCCUGUUGGCGUCUGGUUACAUUGGACUGAGGAUCAUAGCGCUGGAGGAACAGCUGACUGAAUUGACUUUACACCAAACAGAGUGCCAACAAACGUAGCCAGUGGCAGGGGACUGUGACAACAAAUCCUUGUAGGAACUCAUGCAGCGCACCACUCUAUUAAGAUCCGGCUGUACAUUGAUCCCUGUCUAGACAGGCUCCCAAAAGCAUCUUAGCAGUAAGACUCAGUCCAUUUGACACUCAGUACAUCUUUCAGUUUAAUUUACAAUACCUUACACAAACAAGUUCGCUCACAGUGGAGAUUGGUCUCCUGUGUUAGAGCCGUGUCUACGCAGGAUGCAGGUCAGCAUAAGAUGCUUUUGGGACGUCUGAACCAGACCGCACUUGGUGAACUACACGAAUGACUGACUGCGUAGGCAGAGAAGCACCAGGACAACAUUUCUGUUCCGAGCACACUCUUUCUCUGCUGACAGAUCAAAUAUUGAAGUGAGUGUCUCCUGCACUGAGCCAUAUGGAGGCAGCCUGCUGAAGCCAUGUUUAUUUCCUGGCCGGAGAACAGCUGAGCUCAGCUUGCUGAGGUUGCUUUCUUGGCCAUUGUACAUGCACAAUGUAAUAAGCACUUAAUUUGUACUUGAUAUGAAAUAAUUUGUACGUUAUGAAAUAAGGGUUUACAUUGUGUAAGUAAACUGCUGGGGUCUACUGGCAUGUUUUCAGGGUAAUACUGUUAAUGACAAUAGUCAGCCAGCAGAGGGCAGUCACUCCCAUUAAACUUCACUGUUACAUGAAGCACCAAGGCAGGAUUUCACUUGCACUUUUUAGUGAAAAUGUAGGCAAUGAAAUUUCUUCAAAAUACAUAUGUUACUAAAGGUGUUUGUCUUUUAAUUAAAAUCAACAACGGUGGUAUUAAGUAAACAAAUGUGAAGUUUGCAAGUUAUGUUUAGGACUGACAAUUACAAAUUCAACCCAGUGAAGUUGGAAAAUAAUAUACAUUAUACUAAAUUACUACACUUCAAUACUGAAUAGAAUUAUACCAAUAGUGGUUUAAAAAUGUUUAAUAUUUGAAAGUUUACUGAAGAGCUGAUGCUGAAGUUUAAUGUUAGCUUAAACGGGUACAUUUAAAUAGUAGAAAUAGUUGGAAUAAUGGGAUUGGGUUUC